AUGUCUGGCCCUCUCGACAUCCAGGGUCUCCCGGUGGAGGUGCUGGCCAGGGUGUUCUCUGGACUUCCCACAGACGCCCUGCAGGCGGUGGAGCUGGUGUGCCGUCUCUGGAGAUCCAUAGUCCGAGAGGCAGACGUCUGGCUGGCACACCCCAGCCUGCAGCCGUACCCCACGCUGGCUGAGGCUGCUCGCAGGCUGAUGCUGGGGCGCCUGGUCGUGGAGCACCCUCGCUCGGACGCGGAUCCACUGGUCCACCUGCCCGUGGGAGACAGGGAAAUGCGGCUGGUGGCGCUUGUGUCGUGCCUGGGCCCUGACCCCGCCUCCAGCCUGGCCCGCAACGUGCUGGGCGCCUCCACCACCGACCACCGCGAAGAGAGCGCCAUCAACCUGCUUCUGCCGGAGGAGCGCGUCACCUUUGGCCUGGGCCUGAGCUACUGGUCCAGCCGGGGGUCGCCGGACCCAGGGUCCAGAGACUGGGUGGCCCUACGCCUGGCGCACCCGCUGGUGCUGGUGCAGGAGAUCCGCCUGCGCCCCUUCCAGGCCUGGUUCCAGCCCGGCGGCCCAGUCUAUGCCCCCGUGGGCGUGCGGUUCCGGAUAGGCGGCCCCAUGCUCUUCCACCCGGGCUCUUGGCAGCUGGGCGAGGCAGUGCUGCCACAGCCCGGGGUUGCGGAGGUGCAGGCCUUCCGCCUGCCACGCCCCGUGCUCUGCGUUGGCGGGUGCGUCACCGUGGAGCUGCUGGGCAAGACGCAGCGUCAGGAGGAGGACGGGCUGCUGUACGUGUGCCUGUCGUACGUGCACGUGGUGGGGCGCCCGCUCUACAGCUUCGCCAUGGACCCGUGGCGGCGAGAGGGCGGCGUGGCGCUGGAGGCGCUGGCGGUCGACCCCCUGACCGCCCAGGGCGGGCUCCAGACCAUGGAGAAGCGGCUGCAUGCCGCGGUGGCGAUGUGGCAUGUGCAGGCGGACAGGGGCGCCUGGCUCGUGCCGGGGGAGGGCUGGGAGGCCUUCCGCCGUGGAGCGGACUGA